AUGAUGUCUACCACUCAUUUCUUUGAUUUAGGAGAAGAAUGUGGAAUUCACACCAAGCAAAAAUGUUACCCUCUGGCAUUUGGCGUUCCUGCUGCACUAAUGGCUGUUGCGCUACUUGUGUUCAUAGCUGGAAGUAGAAUGUACAAGAAAGUUGAACCUCAAGGCAACAUAAUGGUACAAGUUGCUCAAUGCAUUACGUUUGCUAUCGGAAACCGAUUUAGACAUCGCAGUAAACAAUUCCCUAAGAGAGAGCACUGGAUGGACUGGGCUAGUGAGAAAUAUGAUAAACGACUUAUUACCCAGACUAAGAUGGUCUUGAAAGUGUUGUUCCUGUAUAUUCCUCUCCCCAUGUUUUGGGCACUUUUUGAUCAGCAGGGAUCACGAUGGACAUUACAAGCCACAACAAUGGAUGGAGAUUUUGGUUCUAUUCAGAUUCAGCCAGACCAGAUGCAGACUGUAAACCCAAUUCUCAUUGUUAUAAUGGUCCCAGUUGUAGAUGCUUUGGUUUAUCCUCUAAUUCAGAAAUGCCACAUAAAUUUCACGCCUCUGAGGAAGAUGACAGUUGGCAUGUUGCUGGCAGCUCUUGCUUUUGUCGUUGCUGCUGUGGUGCAACGCGAAAUAGAUAAAACCCUUCCAAACUUUCCUGUAGCAGGCCAGUCUCAAAUCAAAGUAAUAAAUUUGGGAAAUGAAAACGCAACAAUUCAGUUUAUUGCUUCUAUGAAGCCAGUUACUGUGGGAGCUUUGGAUUCAACAGAGUACAUCACUUUUGACACAACCGAGUUAAAGAAUAUCAGUAUAAACUAUGGAACUAACAGCAGUAUAAGUAAAACAUUUACGUAUUUGGGAAAAGAACGUCACACACUUGAAAUAACAAAUACAGCUGGGAUACAAGCAGAACUGCUUGUGGAUGGCAUCACAGCAAAACCAGAUCAAGGAAACAAUGAAAUCAGGUUCAUAAACAACUUGAAUACAACUAUUAAUAUCACUAUGGAUGAUGUUGACUUUGGAGUAGUGACUAAUUUUGUUGCCACGAACUAUACAUCUUUUCUAAGAGGGGCUAAAACGAUAACAGUUUAUACCCCAAGUUUUCCAUGCGAAACCAAGUCUUUCACAUUUGGGUAUGGCAGCGCUUAUACCAUUAUAGUAGAAAAGUGUGACGCCACUGGGCUACAGCUCAAAUAUGUGGAAGAUAUUCAACCCAACUCAUUCAGUAUGGCUUGGCAAAUCCCCCAGUAUUUCAUUAUCACUUGUGCUGAAGUUGUUUUCUCGGUCACUGGACUAUCAUUUUCAUACUCACAGGCACCUAACAAUAUGAAAUCUGUGUUGCAAGCUGGCUGGCUGUUGACUGUAGCUGUUGGCAAUAUCAUUGUUCUAAUUAUAGCUGGAGCGUCAAAAAUUGAAGAACAGUGGGUAGAAUAUGUCCUGUUUGCAGCUUUGCUUCUUGCAGUUACAAUUAUUUUUGCUGUCAUGGCCUAUUUUUACACUUAUGUGGACCCAGCUGAAGUUGAAGCUGAACUUUCUGCGGAUGAAAAGAAGAAAGAUGAAAAGAAGAAUGAAAAAGAAGAACUAGCUCUUGAAAAUGGAACUUUCUCACAGACUCGGAUGUGA